CCAUGCAAACUCUCAAGGCGCGCGCACUUUACUUUAAAUUAUAUAUAUAUAUAUUUGCUUCCGUUCCAAAUCUCUUCCCAAACCCUCGCCUGUCUUUCUCUCCUCUCUUUCCAUCAUGAAGAGCAUCUCUGUCCACAUUUUGCGGGACUGCAGUGCGGUUGGUGGUGGCGCAAGCAGAGGCAGAGCGUUCUCUUACCGUUUUACAAGAAAGAGCAAUCAAACACGACUUUCGUUCCCCAACCUUAUCACAACUUCCUACGGCUUUAAAAGUUGUUCAGCAACCCUGUCAGUGGUGGCGGAGGUGGAAGAGAAGCCAAAGUUUGACGUACACAAAACGGCUUUGCUCGUUAAGGAGCUCAGGAAGAGCUUUAAUUCCGGCAGGACAAGAGGCUAUGAAUGGAGAGUAUCGCAGUUGAAGAGCAUCGAGAAGAUGAUUGACGAAAAGGAGAAGGAGAUUACCGAAGCCCUCCACAAAGACCUCUCCAAGCCUGAACUUGAAGCCUUUAUUUCCGAGAUUUCGCAGGCAAAAUCCUCAUGUAAGUUGGCACUAAAAGAAUUGAGUUAUUGGAUGAUACCAAAGAAGGUCAAAACUUCACUUACAACAUAUCCAUCAUCAGCGGAAAUUGUGUCAGAACCUUUAGGAGUUGUGUUGGUCAUCUCGACAUGGAACUUUCCUUUCUUGUUAUCUCUUGAUCCGGUCAUUGGAGCUAUUUCAGCUGGUAAUGCUGUGGUUCUAAAACCGUCAGAAAUUGCUCCUGCCACAUCAUUGCUGCUCUCAAGUUUGGUAGAGGAAUAUCUAGACAAUUCUGCCAUAAGAGUUGUUCAAGGCGCUGUUGAUGAAACUACUGCUCUACUUGAGCAGAAGUGGGACAAGAUACUCUACACAGGUAGUGCAAGAGUAGGACGCAUUGUGAUGGCUGCUGCCGCAAAACACCUUACACCUGUAACUCUAGAACUUGGAGGAAAGUGCCCAGCUGUUGUUGAUUCAAACAUAAACUUACAAGUUGCUGUUCGGAGGAUAAUUGCUGGCAAGUGGGCAUGCAAUAACGGGCAAGCUUGUAUCGAUGUCGAUUAUAUUAUCACAACGAAAGAGUUUGCUCCAAAGUUGAUAGAUUCUCUAAUAUAUGAAUUGGAGCAAUUUUUUGGGAAAGAUCCAAUGGAAUCAAACGACAUUUCCCGCAUUGUGAGCUCAUCCCACUUUGCUCGUCUAGUAAAGCUCUUGGAUGAGGAUAAGGUAUCUGAUAAGAUUGUCCUUGGAGGCCAAAGGGAUGAGAAUCAAUUAAAGAUAGCUCCAACCAUCUUGUUGGAUGUUCCAGAGGACUCACUGAUAAUGCAGGAGGAGAUAUUUGGGCCUUUAAUGCCCAUUGUCACUGUUGAGAACUUGGAGGACAGCUUUGAGGUUAUAAAAUCAAAACCAAAGCCCCUUGCUGCAUAUCUCUUUUCUAAUGAUGAGCAGUUGAAGAAGGAUUUUGUGCAGAACAUAUCUUCAGGAGGAAUGCUCAUCAAUGAUACCAUCCUACAUGUUGCAACAGACGGUUUACCUUUUGGCGGAGUUGGGGAGAGUGGAAUGGGUUCAUACCAUGGGAAAUUCUCUUUUGAUGCUUUUAGCCAUAAGAAGGCAGUUCUCUACAGAAGUUUUGAUGGAGAUGCAUCGGUAAGGUACCCACCAUACACACCUAAAAGGCUAAGACUAUUGAAGGCCCUGAUCAGUGGUAACAUAAUUUCCAUAAUACUUGCUUUGAUUGGAUGGUCAAAAGAUUGAAAAUAUAGAUGGAUAUCAGUCACAUUAAACAUCUGUUUCUUCCAAGUUUUAUUUUCAAAUAAUUACUGUCCGAGAUAUUCUGCAUAAGGAAUAAUGAGAGCUGCUAAUGCAUUAAUGAAACUGAAGUUCUUGUCAAA